CAGAACCCUUUUUACGUUCAUCAACUACAUUAAUAUUUCCAAUUUCGAAUUUGCGGUCUGGAUAAGAGCAGGAAAUCAGUGGCAGAGAGAAGUGGGAAGCCAUGUCUACAUGCAACAUGAACAUGGCAUCAGCAGCAGCUGCUGGUUUUCUACCUGUUUCGGCUUCAAACACAACUGCAUCUUCAUCAAGAACAAGUGUCUCAUUCUUGAACUUCAAUAACCGUGGUUUGAGAAGGCACUUGGUAAUUGUAAGGGCAUCCGAAGAAGAGCCAGCGGCACCUACAGCAGCAGCCACCACCACUACUGAUGCGCCGGCUGAAGGUGCUACAACCGAGGUGAAGGCUGCUAAGCCACCACCGAUUGGUCCCAAGAGGGGUUCUAAGGUGAGGAUUCUAAGAAAGGAAUCAUAUUGGUAUAAAGGUGUUGGAUCAGUCGUAACUGUUGAUCAGGAUCCAAAGUCACGUUACCCUGUGGUGGUCCGAUUCAACAAAGUGAAUUAUGCAAACGUGUCCACCAAUAACUACGCAUUGGAUGAGAUUGAAGAAGUUGUUUGAAAGAGGUAUACAACAACGUCUUGGUCUUCAAUCCGUAGCACCUCUGGGAAUUCUUCAAGCUCUAGUAGAUGCUACAUAGUUUUAAAGGAGAAUCUUCUUCACAUAGAAAAUAUAAUAGUCAUAUCAAUUUUAUUAAUGGUUUAACUAAUUUUUUUGUGUUGUCACCAUGUUCUAGCCGAUCUCCGGUUGGACUAAUUAAGUACACUAUGUUAUCUCUUCAAUCAUCAAUGGUAUAUUUUUUUGUCAAUUAAUUG